AUGAGCACGGCCUCGAGCAAACCGACCACCCCUACCAGCCCGGUCCCUGACGCUUCUCUCACACCAUCCCCUGCGCCAACCAACUCAUCGCAUAUUUCCCUUAUUCAUGCAUCGGCCCAACGCAAAGAAGGCCAAGCCGCCUUCAGGCCAAUUUCUUCAUCUCGCGCCCCGUCUCGCCGUCGCCAUCGCAUCAAUGUCCAUUCUGAUACCAAAACUUUCUCUCUCGAGCCGCAGAGCGACUCGAUCCCGCCUUCGGUAUCCCUGUCCUUGUCGUUGUCCGCCUCGAGCUCAUUUGAACGACUUUCAUCCGCUUUCUCCGGCGAAGGUCGUCCUAGCUCACCCAUGACCACGUUGCCUGACCGAAGCUUCUCCCCCUGCACCCCAACCUCCUCCACUGUGCAAUUAAGUGAGGAUCCGAUAGCCGAUUUCGCCUCAUCUCCUUGGAAUUAUCAGCUCAUAGGGGGCCUUCGCAAGGUCUCCAAAACCCCCGAUCCAGCCCCAAAACAGACCCAGCGCCCGCUUUCGUCUGAUAAUCCGCUCCCUACACUGCUCGAGGCGACAGCAACUACCGAACGAGAAGGAGGCUUGCACUCCCUGCUCAACAAGUCUUCAGAGCUGUCGUUUGGGUCCUUGCAAUCUGCUUCCACAGACUCGGUAACAACAAAUUACAAAGUCUAUAACGCUCGCCAGCCCCUCGCGCCUGAAGCGCAUCCUGACACGGAUAGCUUGGUCCCGCCUUCCACCAGUGACUCGAACUACGAGGUCCUCGGCCGCUCCUCGCCGUGUUGGCCGACAUCGAAUCACCCGAGUCCCCCUAAGACCGCAAGCAGCGACAAUAACUACGUGGUCCACGGCGAUCAUUCAUCCUCGUCGCCUCUCGCUCUGCGCUCCGCCUACUCUCAGGAGAGUCUGAUUAUCAAAGACUCCUUGCCGCCGGCUCAUUAA